AAACGGCAGGAGGCGCGCGCUCAUUCGCAGCUGCAUCUCAUUGUGGAGUGAAGUCAAAGCGCUACCUUGACGAGACUUAACGCUUUUCCCUAACGGUUUUAACCGGCGGAGGUACGUCGGAAGUGUGGAGCGGAGUACUUUUCCAAACAUGAGAUUCCACAACAGCAUCGGAAUGUUCCUCCUCACGACGCUGAGCGCGUUAACUUCAGUUUUAUCGGCGAGUAACUAUUACUGCGAAGAGCCCCUGGUGACAUCACUACCCCCAGCUUCCUUCCAGAACUCAUCAAGAUUCUCUGACAGAAGGUCACCACACUAUGCUAAACUCAACAGAAGAGAUGGUGGUGGGGGAUGGUCUCCGAAUGGAGACGACCAACAACCUUGGCUACAACUGGACCUACGGGACAGGGUGAAGGUCACAUCCAUUGCUACCCAAGGUCGGUGGGGCAGCUCUGACUGGGUCACUCGCUACCAGCUGCAGUACAGUGACUCUGGACGAACCUGGAGACCAUAUAGACAAGAGGAUGUGAUAUGGACAUUUACAGGAAACAGUGACACAGACACAGUGGUCCAACACAAACUUCCUCACUCAGUCAGAACUCGUUAUAUGCGUCUACUGCCCCUUGAGGGAAGUCCCAAAGGAGGAAUGGGUUUACGGCUAGAGGUCUAUGGCUGCACAUACAAAUCUGACGUGGCUGACUUCGAUGGUCGCAGUGCCUUACUCUACCGGUUCAACCAGAAGUCCACCAGCACAGUAAAAGACGUGAUUUCCCUGAGAUUCCGGAGCCAUCAAGCAGAAGGGGUUCUGGUUCAUGGGGAGGGACAAAGAGGAGAUUUUCUCACUCUGGAGCUUCAGAAAGGAAGACUCAUUUUGCAUCUUAAUUUGGAUGAUGCCAAGCCUCAGUCUACUGGUCGUUCAUCUUCUGUCAUGCUAGGAAGUCUGCUGGACGACCACCACUGGCACUCUGUUCAAAUUGAGCGCUUUAACAAACAUGUCAACUUCACCGUGGAUGGACACACACAGCACUUCCGCAGCAUGGGACAAGAGGACACACUGGAGAUAGACUAUGAGCUCAGUUUCGGAGGAAUCCCUUUGCCUGGUAAGCCUGGGACGUUUCUCCAUGAAAAUUUCCACGGCUGCAUAGAAAACCUCAACUACAAUGGCGUCAAUGUUAUAGACAUGGCAAAAAGACGGAAGCCACAGAUCUAUACAGUGGGCAAUGUGACAUUCUCAUGCUCUGAGUCUUCUUCAGUCGCUGUGACAUUCCUUAGUUCCACGGGCAGCUUCAUGAUGCUCCCCGCAGAUUACAGUAUGGAGAGUCUCUCUAUACGAUUACAGUUUCGCACAUGGAAUCAGGAAGGGCUGCUGUUCUCGGUCCCGCUCUCUCGUGAUCCGGACCCCAUUAACCUGCUUCUGCAUCUCAGCCAGGCUAGGCUACUUCUCUCGCUCUCUGGAGGGCCACAAAACUCCGCUCAGGUUUUCAGUGGUCAGAAUUUGAGUGAUGGACAGUGGCACUCCAUAGCCGUCGAAGUCAAGGGUCAGAAAGUGUCUUUAACAGUCAACAACCAGAAGCCCGCCACUAUGGAAAUCAGGGGACUUAUUCAAAACAUGCAAAGAACAACCAUCUUCAUUGGAGGCUGCCCUUUAUUCCAGAGCGAUUUCAACUGUGAAAACCCCAACAGAGGAUAUCAGGGCUGCCUUCGUCUCUUUUUCAUCAACAACCAUCCAGUCAACUUCCUUCAGAUUCAGCAGGAAAGCCAGAGCAACUAUAGCCAGAUUAGCUUUGAUGUUUGCAACAUACAAGACAGGUGUUUGCCCAAUCUGUGCGAACACGGUGGUCAAUGCAUCCAGUCAUGGGACCAGUUUUACUGUGACUGUUCUGGAACAGGAUACACAGGAGCCACCUGCCACAACUCAAUAUAUGAGCGAUCCUGUGAGGCCUUCAGGAAAACAGGAAGCCAGUCAAGUGUGUUUACAAUCGACCUUGAUGGGAGCGGACCUCUAGAGCACACUCAAGUCAACUGCACCGUGGCAGAAGAUAAAGUUUGGACCGUAGUGGGCCACGAUCACAUGAGGCCCAUUGACGUUCGAGGAUCCACUCCACGCAGCCCUUUCGUUCUCAUCUUCAACUACACCAUCUCGCCGUACCAUCUCCGCUCGCUCGUGACCUCCUCGGAACACUGCCAACAGGAAGUGAUAUAUCGUUGUAGGAAGUCUCGCCUUUUUGACACCUGGGAUGGAACUCCUCUGUCAUGGUGGCUGGAUAGAGACGGAGUGAAACGUACAUAUUGGGGAGGAUUUUUGCCUGGGGUCCAGCAGUGCUCUUGUAGUUUGGAUGGCAACUGCAGGGACAUGAAUUAUUUCUGCAACUGUGAUGCAGACCAAGACACCUGGGCAAAUGAUACUGGUGUGCUGUCUUACAAAGACCAUUUACCCCUUAGUGAGAUCGCCAUCGGAGACACAAACCGGACAAACUCGCAGGCCGAGCUCCAAAUUGGACCGCUGCGUUGCUAUGGCGACCGAUUUUUCUGGAACUCUGCAUCUUUUUACCAGGAAUCCUCCUAUCUGCAUUUUCCCACCCUGCAAGCCGAACUGAGUGUCGAUAUUUCACUCUUUUUCAAAACUAGUGCUCUCUCAGGAGUCUUCUUGGAGAAUCUGGGCGUCAGAGACUUCAUAAGGCUGGAACUUAGUUCUCCCUAUACAGUGAACUUCACUUUUGACCUAGGGGAUGGACCAGUGAUUCUUACUGUUCAAUCAUCCGUAGUCUUGAAUGAUCGUCAGUGGCAUUAUAUCCGUGCUGAACGAAAUGUGAAAGAAGCUUCUCUACAGGUUGACUCUCUGCCACUGAAGCUAAAUGAAGCACCAUCUGAGAGACCCUACCGGCUUCAGCUCAGCAGUCAACUCUUUGUGGGAGGAACGGCUUCAAGGCAGAGGGGCUUUCUGGGCUGCUUACGUGCCCUUACCAUUAACGGGGUUACCCUUGAUCUGUAUGAACGUGCAAAGACCACCCCGGGGGUGAAUUCAGGCUGCCCGGGUCACUGCACCAGCGACAGCGUCUGCCAUAACGGAGGGAGAUGUGUCGAAGAGAGGAGCAGUUACACCUGCGACUGCACGCAGACAGCCUUCGAUGGACCACACUGCAGAACAGCUCUAGCAGCUUCCUUUGAAAGUGGAUCUUCAGUCCUGUACACUCUCCAGGAGCCGUUUUCCGGAAUACUGAAUGAGGAAGCCAGGAGAUCACCGGCGGGUUUCCAUGACGCAGAAGUUAGCAAAUCACAAGAGAAAGUGUCGUUUGGGUUCUUGACGCAUCAUGUGCCAGCCGUGAUACUGACAGCUCACACUUUGGACCAGCACUAUAUGGCUGUCAUGUUGACAUCAAACGGCAGCCUGCAAAUACGAUACUUGAACAAAGAAAAACGAACAGAAGCGUUCAGCCCAAUGUCGUCCAGUCUAGCAGACGGACGGUUCCACUGGGUCAAAAUCAAUCGAAAGGGACAAGAGCUCCUUGUCCAGAUUGACAACACAAUAACCCAACAGUACAGCCUGUCUCCUGGCUCUGCUCUCAGCCCAGCGAGGUCGGUGAUUCUGGGGAGAAUCCAAGGUAGUGACAUUACUGAUAAGGAACUGGUCCAGGCUGGAUUAAGAGGGUUUAUUGGCUGCUUGUCCUCCGUGCAGUUUAAUCAGGCGACCCCUCUGAAAGCAGCCCUGCAAAACAGCCAAAGCCCGUUAGUUACUGUUAUCGGCCGUCUGGAAGCAUCAAGUUGUGGGACAAUAUCCAGCUCGAACUCUUUGAGCAACACACACACACUAUCAGAUGACUCAGCAAAAACAGACCGAGGCGAAGACCCACUGAAAAAGGCUGAUCAAAAUGACUUGGCACUAAUCGGAGGAGUAGUGGCUGCAGUGGUGUUCAUCACGCUCUGCGCGCUGGCCGUCAUCAUCCGCUUCCUAUAUCGACACCGACGGACUCCAGCGCCAUCCGGAAUCACCGGAAAGACGCACCGACCCAGCACGGAGCAUCCGCCGUACCGGGCCGCACUGGACCUGCACAAACCCAACCACGACAGCAAAGAAUACUACAUCUGACCUCGCCGUGUCGUGCCUGGCCUUUAAUCGAUCAGCCUGUCGCCAGUGUACAUGCUAGCAACCCCACCGCACUGUAUUAUCUACACUGCAAGCUGAGCAGCCAAUCAGAGGCCAGCAUAGACUCGACAGGCUGAGACGUUUUUGUUUGUUUGCUUAUUUCUACGAAGAGAGUAAAGCCUACGUGAAAGUAAGUGUGCGCCGGCCUCCCGGAUGAUGACAGAGCUGUAUAUUGUUAUUUUACAGGCAUAAUAAUAGGUUAUACAUGCACAGCACACACACUUUCCAAGCAAACAGCACAGCAGGAGGGCUGAAGCAUCACUCUGAAUUGUCUUUAUCCAGUGUGCCUGCUCAAACCUGUCUGUCUCAGAGCCCGCAUAUAGAGUGGGCUUAAGCUAAUGGACUGAAACCCCAGCGGAGAAGGUUCUGAGAGAAUGGUUUUGUGGCAGGGCGGUGGACCUUCCCAGACGUUGUUUUUAAAGGAUCGAUCAUCGCUCAACAUGUCCAAAAAAAAAACAAAAGAUUAAAGACGUCCGCAUCCGACAAGCCCGCAUUUGAUGUUGAAACUAUUGACUGGUGCGAGGAGCCGCUAAAGGCUGGGAUUAACCACCAAAGGACUAUAAGAAUAUAUCAGCUGUGGCUGAGGGAUGGAAUAUGAGUCAUUUGUGUGUAUCCCAAUUCCCAUGGGCUGGGCAGAUUCAGGCAGUUUAAUUCUCUUUCCCACCGUAAUCGAGCCGGUCUCGCAACUGAGCGUAUUCAGCGUGCCCCAGGAACGAAAUCUCGUCCUUAUUGAAGUGCAUUAUAUCUCCUGACUAGAAAAAACAAUACAAAGAAAAAGAAAACUUGCUUUCUAUUGAGAAUGAAUUCUAUGGCUUCUAUGGGUUUUUUUUUUUCUAUAUGACUAUUGUAAAUGAAUGGUGUACAUACAUUUCAUAAUUAUAUUUAAUAAAUGGAGCUUUCUAAGAGCUUAUGAGUGCAGAUGACCAGUUGAAAUGGAUUUGGUAUAUUUAUGCAGAAAUUAAUGUGUGUAUGGCGAUGUGCACUCAUGGCUCAAUCGUAAGGAUCAUUUCUGCUUGUUAAGAUUUUAUACAUGAAAUAACAAACUUCACAUUUUAUUCAUUUAAAAAAUUAGAAUUUUAUGUUCUAUUUUUUAAAUGUAAUUUGUAUAAUUUAAAGAUUUUUUAAUAAAUGAAUACACAUUUUUACAUUUAAAAUAUUUUACAUAUAUGGCAUUGACAGCAAAUAAUUAC